UGUGUCUGGAUAGUCUUACAGCAGUUCCAAGGCUGGAACUGACACCUUUCUCAUGUGUAGCCAACCAAAUCCAUGCUUCGUGUGAAAGGCCCAAAUCUGGAGAAGUAAAAGAUGAUUCUUUGGGUGUGACAAGACGACACAAGUGCCCAGGUCCUGCCACAGGUGGCUCUGACCCAAGGACAGGUCUUUCAAGUUGCAUCAGGAUGAAUGAUGACCUAAGUAUGGAAGAGAAUGGUGUUGAAUGCUUGUGUUCUCAGAGCCCACCACCGUCCAGGGAAGAUUCCACACUACCAUCACCCAGACACACUUCCUCCACAGACAGUACUGUAGCUUCAAGUGAUUCUGGAUCAGAAAUUUUGAAUAUGGCUUCUCGUAACCCUGACUGUAAAUCACUCUGUGCAAAAGAGGAGGAUACAAGAUCAGCUUCUACCAUGACAGAGAUCCAAGGCACAAGUCCAGAUCAUGAGAAUAUUGCAUGCCAGAGCUCUAUGAGUAAGGAUAAAAUCAUAUUAAGUCUGGAAAACAAAGGGGAAUCAGAAACAAUAGAAGAGCAUAGAAAAGAAUGUACUGCAGGAGACACUGUGGUUUCCCCUCCUCUAGCAACCACUAUGAAAUCAGUUAACUUUGCACAAAGUGACAACACUUCUGCUAAUGAGAAGGAAGUGGAGGCAGAAUUUCUCAGAUUAUCUUUGGGAUUUAAGUGUGACUGGUUUACCUUGGAGAAAAGAGUGAAGCUUGAAGAGAGGUCCCGGGACUUGGCAGAAGAAAAUUUGAAGGAGGAGAUCACUAACUGUUUAAAGCUAUUAGAGUCCUUAACACCUCUGUGUGAAGACGACAGCCAGGCCCAGGAAAUCAUUAAGAAGCUGGAGAAGAGCAUAACGUUUCUGAGCCAGUGCACAGUGCGAGUGGCCAGUAGGGCUGAGAUGCUGGGAGCCAUUACUCAGGAAAGCCGAGUCAGUAAAGCGGUUGAAGUAAUGAUUCAGCAUGUAGAAAACUUGAAGAGAAUGUACGCCAAAGAGCAUGCUGAGUUAGAAGAACUGAAACAGGUUCUUUUGCAGAAUGAAAGGUCUUUUAACCCUCUUGAAGAUGAAGAUGACUGCCAAAUUAAAAAACGUUCAGCUUCUCUAAACUCCAAGCCAUCUUCUCUUCGAAGAGUGACCAUUGCCUCUUUACCCAGAAAUAUUGGAAAUGUAGGAAUGGUUGCUGGGAUGGAAAAUAAUGACCGAUUCAAUAGGAGGUCAAGCAGUUGGCGUAUUUUGGGGUCAAAGCAGAGUGAACACCGUCCCUCAUUACAUCGAUUUAUUACCACCUAUUCUUGGGCAGAUGCUGAAGAGGAAAAAUGUGAACUGAAAACUAAAGAUGACUCAGAACCACCUGGAGAAGAAAUAGUAGAAAGGACAAGGAAGCCAAGUCUUUCUGAAAAGAAAAAUAAUCCAUCUAAGUGGGAUGUCUCUUCAGUUUGUGACACAAUAGCUUCCUGGGCAACAAAUCUCAAGACUCCCAUGAGAAGGGCUAACAAGGCAUUCUGGCUUUCUGUUGCUUUCAUCAUCCUGCUUGCAGCUUUGCUGAGCUUCCUCACAGGCCGAUUUUUCCAGAAGUCUGUGGAUGCAGCUCCUACACAGGAAGGGGACUCCUGGAUCUCUCUAGAACAUAUCUUGUGGCCAUUUACCAGACUCCGACACAAUGGGCCACCGCCAGUGUGACUGCAGCACAUCCUAAUAUAUGUAUUUUGAGUUUUAAAGUUUCAGUAUCUGAAGUUCAUAAAUUAGUAACUUUUAGCCAGGCGAGUAUAGCGCGAAACCAGAGGUUCUCAGAAUGACUGUAAGAUACUUUACACGCUUUCGUUUGCGAUUACCUCCCCACCUAAUAUACCGUGGGGAAGAAACCUGCCUAUGAUCUUUUAAUGAGCUUUUUGAGGAAGAAAUAUUAUAUAUUGUUUUACUAAAAUUUAUUGAAAUAAAGAAUCAUUUAAAUCUUCA